GCAUUUUCAGUGGUGAGGCGAUGUGUGAAGCUGUGCACAGGCCAGGAGUACGCUGCCAAAAUCAUCAACACCAAAAAACUAUCUGCCAGAGAUCAUCAGAAGCUUGAACGAGAGGCUCGAAUCUGUCGACUGCUCAAGCAUCCAAAUAUCGUUCGUCUUCAUGACAGCAUAUCAGAGGAAAGCUUCCACUACCUGCUGUUUGACCUGGUGACAGGGGGAGAGCUGUUUGAAGACAUUGUUGCCAGAGAGUACUAUAGCGAGGCUGAUGCCAGUCAUUGCAUCCAGCAGAUCCUGGAGGCGGUGCUUCACUGCCAUCAAAUGGGCGUGGUGCACCGAGACCUGAAGCCAGAGAACCUGCUCCUGGCCAGUAAGUGUAAGAACGCUGCCGUGAAGCUGGCUGACUUUGGUCUGGCCAUCGAGGUGCAGGGAGACCAGCAGGCAUGGUUUGGAUUUGCAGGGACACCAGGGUAUCUGUCCCCUGAGGUUUUGAGGAAGGAGGCAUAUGGAAAACCUGUGGACAUCUGGGCCUGUGGUGUGAUCCUCUACAUUCUGCUGGUUGGUUAUCCUCCGUUCUGGGAUGAGGACCAGCAUAAACUCUACCAGCAGAUUAAAGCUGGAGCUUAUGAUUUUCCAUCUCCAGAGUGGGACACAGUCACUCCUGAAGCCAAAAACCUAAUCAACCAGAUGUUGACCAUCAAUCCAGCCAAGCGAAUCACAGCACAGGAGGCUCUUAAACACCCAUGGGUCUGCCAACGCUCUACAGUGGCCUCCAUGAUGCACAGACAAGAGACAGUGGAGUGCCUGAAGAAGUUCAACGCCAGGAGGAAACUAAAGGGCGCUAUCUUAACUACCAUGCUGGUGUCCAGAAACUUCUCUGCAGCUAAGAGUUUGCUGAAUAAGAAGGCUGAUGUCAAGAAGAGGAAGUCAAGCUCUACCGUUCAGUACAUGCCCCAGACCAACAGCACCAAAAACAGCAUAGUCACGAGCCCCAAAGGAAACCUUCCCUCUCCUGCACUGGAAGCUCAGACCACUGUUAUACAUAAUCCAUUGGAUGGGAUUAAGGAAUCGUCUGACAGCAGCAAUGCCACAGUGGAGGAUGAAGACAUGAAAGGAAAGAGUGUUGAUAACAGCUCAGGUCAAACCCAGUCAAACCCCAGCUCCCAGGCAGACCACACAGUUCAGGGUCCUGUCCCUCCUGUCUUCUCCUCCACCAAGCUCUCGGACCUGCUGGGUGUGGUACGCAGGGGCUCAGGCCCUGCGGCUGAUGGUGAGGGGAGCACCAGUACCCCCUCCCCAACCCCCCAAACCCCCAACAUUCCCAUGCAGAUGUCGCGUCUGACAGAUCUGGUGAGCAGCGUGCGCAAGAGUUCAGUCCCCCAGGCCGAUGCUGACUCAGCUACACCCAGUCGACCACACACUGCCCUGAACCCUGUUCCUGCUCCAAACCCUAUUACUGCCUCGUCCCAAUUUUCCCAAUCCUCCCCUCCUCCCCCACAGCCCUCCUCCAGCCCCCUGCCUGCACUACACUCACGCAAACAGGAGAUCAUUAAAAUCACUGAACAGCUUAUUGAGGCCAUUAACAAUGGAGACUUUGAAGCUUAUGCUAAAAUCUGUGAUCCUGGUUUGACCUCAUUUGAGCCAGAGGCUCUGGGGAACCUGGUGGAGGGCAUGGACUUCCACAGAUUCUACUUCGACAACUUAUUGUCUAAGAACAGCAAGCCCAUCCACACCACCAUCCUGAACCCUCACGUGCACCUGAUCGGGGAAGACGCCGCCUGCAUAGCCUACAUCCGCUUGACGCAGUACGUGGAUGGACAGGGCCGGCCACGCAGCAGCCAAUCAGAGGAGACAAGGGUGUGGCAUCGUCGGGACUCCAAGUGGCAGAAUGUCCAUUUCCACUGCUCGGGAGCUCCUGCUGCUCCACUGCAGUGAAGGGACAGUUCGUUGUAGCUACAUGCGAGAAGAGCAUCCAGCCAGAGAGGGAGAGAGAAAGGAAGGGAGAGGGAGGAAGGAGAGGAAGUCCAGUGUCAGUGCCUGACCCUUCCACACUGGGCUCCGCCCUUCACCUGUCAAUCACGUCUCUGUGCAAUGUCCACCCCGCCCCCUCCCUUGUUCCCCCUCCCACUGUGUUGCCACACCGUGCUGUGUGUGAAUGAGCCGAGUGAGGUGAUCUCUGACUGUCCGUGACGUGUCACGCUUUCUCUCUCACUGUCUCAGUGUGAAUGACAAGCCUGUGUGUUCACCCAUUUUUAAUAUUCUAAUUCAUAUUAAUCAUUGAUAUUAUUACUGUUGUUUAUUAAUAUGAUUACUACACAGAAGCAAUCGUGUGUCAUUUGUACAGUUCAUAUUUUGGAUGCUAGUGGUUUGAGUUAAGCCUUUUUUUUUUUUUUUUUAUAUAUAUAGAUAGCAUGACACUCGGUGUAUCCACGGUGGUUGUUUCUAUAGUAACAGAGGCGGCGAGUUGAAGCACAGUGUUUGGUGUGGGAUGAUUCAAAGCUCGACUACACGCUUUGUGUGUGUGUGUGUGUGUAUGUGUGGUUACAAUCAAAAACAGUCUGUUAACCUACAUUGUGUGUGUGAGUGUGUGUGUGUGUGUGUGUAGGGGUCGAGCUAAACAGAGUGAUACACAGCGAUGUGUUUGGGGUCUUCCAGUCUUUUGUUGUGCCCUUUCAAGCAAUGUGAAAUGAGCGCAGAUAAUUCAGUGUCUCUUAUGAAUCAGCUCAUCUGCCUUUUGUAACUUUAGGCGGAUCAAUUUUGCCAGACUUCACAGCGAUUGCAAAGGAUUUAACCUAAAGAAUCACUAACGAAUAUCACUAAAGAAUCUCUGUGCUUUCUUAUGGUUGCAUACUUAAACCUGAUCUCAGCAGCUCUGACACUGACUGCAGUAUCAGUAUUAAAACAGCCCAUCAAACAUUUCUCCAUACUCAGCUGAGCCAGUUGCUGAACUGUAUUAAAGACAGUGUGUGUGUGUGUGUAUAUAUGUACAUCAGUAGCAUGCCAGCUCAACUCACAUUAUAAGCCAUAAUCCAGCUAAAGGUGCUACAUAUCAGUCUAGCCUGCAUCUACAUGCCCUGGUCUUUUCCUAACAGCACAAACAGCACAUACGUGGGUUCCUUGUAUCGGCUAAAAGCUGAUGCAUGGCUAAAGAACUGGUUUAUUAAGUUUAUUAAAUGAGGAAGGAUGUAGCAAAACCCUUGAGGCUGUGAGUGAAGAUCUGAAUUUUCAUUUGACAGAACUACAGGCUGCGAGUUUUUUUUUUUUUUUUCUUGUCUUUUAAUAUCAUUUAUAAUUUUGUCACAAGGGUUGGAUGUUAUGCUGUUGUGUUUAACUAUAAGUAUAUAUCUUAAGGUUAAGGUUAAAUAAGGUUAAGGAUAAAAAUAUAGCUCUCUCUCUCUAUAUAAAUAUAUAUAUAUAUUUAUAUAUAUAUAAAACAUGAUUUGUUCACUUUUUGUUUUUCUUCGAAGGAGUGUGUUUGUACUUGAAAGUAAGUUGCUACGCUGGAAGAGGAGGGAUGAUCUGAGGAUAGGCUGCAUAUAAGGUAUUGUUAAGUGACAAAUUAAUCAAAGAGAUAUGUCAGGGAAUUUUUUUGUAAUAUGAGGAGUUUGAAAGUUUAAUUCUCUUUACAUGAAGUGUACUUAAGACAGAUAACAUAUAUCGCGUCCAGAAGAGCCGGGCUGUACGCCGGUGUUAGCUUUUGAGCUGCAGAUGAGCAUGAGGGACUCAAAUAUGAGAGAAGCCUAAUGAUCAGGCGAUUGAGAGAACCUUUUGUCCUUGAAACGAGACUGUUUCAGAGGCUUAUUCAUUGUUUGUGUCCUCAGGUUGUAUUUAUUUAUUUAUGUAUUUAUUUAUUUAAGUAUUUUAUCUCACAUUUUUUGUCAUGCUUUUUAACUUCUGUCAUUUGUACAGCUUUUUUUGUCACAAUUUUUCACUCACGAGCUCAUUUUAUUUUCAGUGUUUCACAGUGUAGUGACAAUAUCAGGCUUUAGUGAAUAUUAUCUUUGAGCUUUACAGCUUUGAUGGGCACCUUUUUUCCAAAGCCCCUUUUAUAGCUCCUACAGCGAAUCAUUUAAAAGGAGUCCUGUUUGUGAACUGGAGCGACCCCAUGAGGCAAUCAAGCUGGGUACGGUUUUGGCUCUAGUGCUGUGCUUCGGGCCGGAUGUAUUUUAGAGUUGAUUCUUUGUGGAUCCCCUUUGUGUCCCACUCUGGAUGGCUCAUCUUGUCUCUUGUCUUGACACAAAGUCAUAUGAGACUAGUACAUACGUUUAUAUGUGUGCUAUAAAAAAAUACCCCCACCAGUUCACUCCUUGAAUAUAAAAAAAAGCUUAAAAAACAACAAAACAGCAUGUAAAAUGUACUAAUGUUCUUUGUGUGUUUACCAUUGAAAAUAAUUAUGUAAAAUAAGUGAUGCACAUUAUUACUAUUAAACAGGACACAGUAUUAAAGCGGCAGUUUACUAGCAUUUUAGCCGGACUUUCUUUGCAUGACAAGUCACUCAAACACGAAGUUUGGUGUUUCUUCUCUUUCUUUUUUGUUAUUUUCAUUUUCUAUUGAAUGCUGGUUAACUAAACCUUUCUCUUAUCUAUUUUCCAAGCUUUGUAAGUGCAUAAAAAUAUUUUUGUCUCGAGAUGAAGAUUAUGUAAACGAAAGGUGUAAUAACACUGAUGAGAUCAAGAUUAUAAAAUUGGUGAUAAUAUUUCAAGGCAUGCUUUUGUAUUCAAGCUCCUUGUUGUCAGUGCAGGUGGCAGACAUGUCUGAAUGAACAGGAACUGAACUGAGGAUUGGAUUUGAAUUCAGCAUGAAUAAUUGCGUUACUCUAUUGGAUAGACACUGAAGUAAUUAUAGUGAUUGUGCUCAAUACACUUAGGCCCGUGGAGUGAAAUCCCAGUUGCUCUUACUCAUCGGGAAAGUCAAGAUGUAGAUGUACUUGCUUUCAAGUUGCUCAUAAGAGUCAUCAGUUACGAAACGGCAGAGAAGUUUACCAUGAUGUGAAUUACAUAGUAAUAUUACCUGCACUGACAACGCAAACAUUCGACUGGGUUGUUUUAGUACCGUAUUGUUUCACUCUGUUCCUAAUUCCCUGCCGUUCUUCCGUUUCACCUAGUUGCUCUGAAGUUGAAGUCUUCACGGUAGCCCGCUGUCAGUUUUGGGUUCCUGUAUAAGAUAUUAUACUCUUUUAAUUCUCGGAUUAUUCUUACUCUUAUUGUUGCUCUGUUCUCAAACUUGCUAUGUGUUACCUGACUUAAGGAAAUGUGUUCAAGUGUUCUAAAUAAAAAUGAAGAUUUAAAUACUAAA